AUGGACCCUGCCCCAGUGAAGCCUGACUCUGCAGGCCCUCCACACAGCAGCACGCCCCGACUGGCCACACUCGGGUGGCUGGCCAUCCGCCGGCAGGGCCAGUGCCCCGCAGGGGCCUUGCCAGCACCGGCCGGAGCAGGCCGCGCGCUCCAGGCCUCAGGGCCCAGGCCCACGCUGCCCACUGUCCAGGCGCCCGCCGUGGCCGCCGUGCUCGCCGCGCCCCCUCCCACGGCGCAGACCCCAAAGCCCAGCCCGCCCCACCCGCGGCCGCCGAGACCCUGCCGCCUUUCGGCCAGGACCCCGGCCCGCACCCCCGGCCCUGCCGCUGGGGUCCUGACCACAGGGCAUCUCCCCGCGGACGCACGACUGCUGGGUCCACGCGCCCGGGGCCCUCCGCUGCCCACAUGCCCGUGCACCCCUUCCAUCCACGCAGGGCCCUGCGCUGCCCACCGUCCACGCGCCUGGGGCCCUGCGCUGCCCACCGUCCACGCGCCCGGGGCCCAGCGCCCCCUUGUCCACCCCCCGGGGCCCUGCGCUGCCCACAUGCCCGUGGGUCCUGUCCACUCUCCCAGGGCCCAGCGCUCCCCAGAUGCCCGUGCGCCCCUUCCGUCCACGCAGGGCCCUGCGCUCCCCACCGUCCACGCGCCCGGGGCCUUGCGCCCCUCACAAACCUGUAACCCCCCCUCCUCAGUCCACCCGCCCUGCGCUCCCCACUUGUCCGUGCGCCCCCCAGAUGCCCCCGUCCACCCGCCCAGAGCGCUGCGCUCCCCAGAUGCCCAUGGCUUUGCGAGGGGGGUACAGCCCUGCAGUACCUGUGCCCAAGUUCCCUUUCCUGCACACCCUGUGGAUGGGGGUGCGGUCCUGCAGACAUUUGUGUACCCGGGUUCCCUUUCUCGCAUGCCCUUUCGCUCUCCUUCCAGGUGCACGUUCCGGUUCCCCAGCACGAACAUCAAGAUAACUUUCACUGCCCUGUCCAGCGAACGCAGGGAGAAGCAGGAGGCUCCCGCAUCUCCCGUAAAGCCUGUGCAGCCCCAGAUCUCGCCCUUGACCAUCAACAUUCCAGACUCCAUGGCCCACCUCAUCAGUCCCCUGCCAUCCCCGACAGGCACCAUCAGCGCUGCCAACUCCUGCCCGUCCAGCCCCCGUGGGGCUGGGUCUUCGGGAUACAAGGUGGGCCGUGGGAUACCAGCUGACCUCAACUUAAUGGCUGACAGCUCACAGCCCGAGAAUGAGAAGGAGACCUCAGGUGGAGACAGCCCAAAGGAUGACUCGAAGCCUCCAUACUCCUAUGCGCAGCUCAUUGUACAAGCAAUCACAAUGGCCCCCGAUAAGCAGCUCACCCUCAAUGGGAUCUACACGCACAUCACCAAGAACUACCCUUACUACAGGACCGCAGACAAGGGCUGGCAGAAUUCGAUCCGCCACAACCUCUCUCUGAACCGUUACUUCAUCAAAGUCCCACGUUCCCAGGAGGAACCAGGCAAAGGGUCCUUCUGGAGGAUAGAUCCCGCCUCUGAGAGCAAGCUGAUGGAGCAGGCCUUCCGAAAGAGACGGCCACGGGGCGUGCCUUGCUUCAGAACCCCCCUGGGGCCCCUGUCCUCCAGGAGUGCGCCGGCUUCUCCCAACCACGCGGGCGUGCUGUCUGCUCACUCCAGUGGGGCACAGACCCCUGAGAGCCUGUCCCGGGAAGGCUCGCCAGCCCCCCUGGAGCCCGAGCCGGGAGGCGCCCAGCCCAAGCUGGCCGUCAUCCAGGAGGCGCGCUUUGCCCAGAGUGCACCAGGCUCCCCUCUGUCCAGCCAGCCAGUGCUCAUAACGGUGCAGCGGCAGCUCCCACAGACGAUGAAGCCCGUCACCUAUGCGGUGGCCGCCCCCGUGACAACCUCCACCUCCCAGCAUCCCGUCGUGCAGACGGUCCACGUGGUCCACCAGCUCCCCGCAGGCGCAGUCACCAGCGUCACCGGGCUAGCACCAGCAAGCACAUAUGCUGUCACUGGACCGACAGUGGUCGCCCAGGCGGCCGUGGUCACCCCUCCUAAAGUGGAGCCACAGGAGAAUGGGGAUCACCGUGAAGUGAAAGUCAAAGUGGAGCCUCUCCCUGCGAUUGGCCAUGCCCCACUGGGGACCACUGGCCGGGUCAUCCAGACAUCCCCGUCCACCCCUGUGCAGACGGUCACCAUAGUACAGCAGGCACCGCUAGGCCAACACCAGCUACCGAUAAAAACUGUAACUCAGAACGGGACUCACGUGGUCCCAGUCGCCACUGCUGUCCAUGGACCAGUCACCAGCGCCACUGCGAGCCCCUUACACAUGCUGGCGACCCAUGCAUCAGCGUCGGCGUCCCUGCCUACAAAGCGGCAAAACGGAGAGUCACCAGAGCAGCCAGAACUGAAGCGAAUCAAGACCGAGGAUGGGGAGGGCAUCGUCAUUGCUGUGAGUGUGGACGCACCCACUGCUAUGCGGGACAAGGGCGUCCAGAACUAG